UCUGUAAACUCAUGUUUGACCUUCGAGGUGAGUGCUUCCUGUGAGGGGUAAAUGCACCACCAUCUGACUGCAUGUCCGACGACUAACAAACAGGGUCUGUUCGACGAAUAAUAACGGCGAACAUGUUUUUAAUGAAGCUUCGUGCUCCACAGAGGCUGCUGUCAUGGUGUGUUUGCCCUGUGUUAAGCCGGACAGGUUGCCUCUCAGUGUUACCACUCCGUGAACACAUCGCGGGGUUCGACCAGGCUUCACUUUUCCAUUCUCAAAUUGCUCAGCUCAACUCCAACAGGACGUCAGUUGUGCGCUGUGGUCGGCAGAGGUAUGAGAGACUGUACCCUGUAAUGCUGGUCCGGCCUGAUGGAUCUACAGUAAACAUCAGAUACAAAGAGCCUAGACGCAUCCUCAUGAUGCCAGUGAAUCUGUCCACUCUGUCUGAAGAGGAGCGACGAGCUCGAAAGAAAAAAAGAGAAGUCAAGAAGAUCAAAAAAGAGACAGCAGUCCACUAUGAAGACGACUUCGAAGCUGACAAAUACAGCCACUUCUGGAAAAAGAAAUAGCUUCUUUGUAUGUGAAAGUAAAGCACGACUGAGGCUACAUCCCUAAAACUCUCACUAAUGACAUUCUCAUGGUAGAGUGACUUACUGAACACCAGGUAAACGAGAGGUAAACUGCUGCUGAGUUUGUCUCUGGGAUUACCUUCUAAAAAAUGUAAAUAACCUAAUAAAGCUGAAAGCUGUUGACUUAACAAGUUGCUUUAAAGCUGUGUAUUCAUGUGAUGAAUUGUUUUUAGAUAAUCACUAAUAAUGUUGCUUUUGUUAAGGAGCUACACGUGACCUGGUUGAUUAAAUAAAAGAGGCAGUAAUUUUUCACUAUUGUAGAA